GGUGGCAAUGUUCUCAUCCUGUCGCCGUCAAGAGGCUUUAAAUGUGUUAACAAGCACCAGUCUAUUGGAAUAUUAUGUAAAGAUUAUGAGGUCAGAUUUUGUUACGGAAAAUCCCCAUCAUGCCCGAAUGAAAGUAAAUGGACGGAAUGGUUUGAUAGAGAUAAUCAAGAAGGUACAGGGGACCAUGAGACGAUUCGCAGUUUGAAUAAUCAAUAUCACGGAAGAUUGUGCACAAAUCCAACAUCACUUGAUGUACGAUUAUUAAAUGGUUCAAAUUAUCAUGUUGGUGGCAAUGUUCUCAUCCUGUCACCAUCAAUUGGCUUUAAAUGUAUAAACAAAUACCAGUCUGAUGGAAUUUGUAAAGACUAUCAAGUUAGAUUUUGUUGUAAAGUGCCAUACCAAACUUGGUUCCGGACAUAG